CUCUCUCUCUCUCUCUCUCUCUCUCUCUCACUGCAACAUCUCGCUCCUUCGUUUUCUCCCCAAUUCUCCUCCCUCUUCCAUUUUCCAUUUUCCGGGAAAAUUAGGGAUUCCAUGGAUGAUAGAGGUGGCUCAUUCGUCGCUGUUCGGAGAGUUCCUCAUGGAGAAACUUGCCAUUCCAAUUCCAAUUCUGCUGAGGCUGUGGCAGGAUCAGCAGCAUGGCUUGGUAAAGGUCUGUCUUGUGUCUGUGUACAGCGAAGAGAUAGCGAUGCUUCUAGCUCUUUCGAUUUAACUCUAGCCCAGGAGGAAAGCUUGCAGAGGCUACAGAAACGUAUAGAUGUUCCAUAUGAUAGUUCUAUAGUUCAGCACCAGGAUGCACUUAGGGCUUUAUGGAAUGCUGCAUUUCCUGAAGAAGAACUCCAUGGCUUGAUAUCUGAGCAGUGGAAGGAAAUGGGCUGGCAAGGCAAGGAUCCGUCAACCGAUUUCAGGGGUGGUGGUUUUAUAUCAUUGGAGAACUUUCUGUUCUUUUCUAGGAAUUUCCCGAAAUCCUUCCAGGAUCUUUUAUGGAAGCAAGAAGGAGAUCGAUCAGUGUGGGAAUACCCGUUUGCUGUAGCUGGUGUUAACAUCACAUUCAUGCUGAUACAGAUGCUUGAUCUAGAAUCAGUAAAGCCACACACACUGGUAGGAGCAACUUUCGUAAAACUUCUUGCAGAAAAUGAAUCAGCUUUUGAUCUGCUCUAUUGCAUAGCUUUCAAGCUGAUGGAUCAUCAAUGGCUUUCUAUGCGUGCCUCAUACAUGGAUUUUAAUACAGUGAUGAAAUCUACACGACGUCAGCUGGAGAAAGAGCUACUCCUUGAAGACAUAACACAGCUUGAAGAUCUACCCUCAUACAAACUACUUUCACGAUAGAUAGAUAGUUAUGGUUCCCAAGAACCUGUUUUUAGAUAAAAGGAUUUUGCAUAUGAAGUCACGCUCCUAUUCUUCUUUCCACUCCUGUCAAGUUCAUCAUUUCAUAACAUGUCGACAAAACAGAACUUACUCAAACAUGUAAGACUGAUGUGGAGCUUAAAGCCUUAAAAUGAUACCACACAAGGUUUGAGAUGCAGAAGUUUAGCAUUUAGUCUAGUUUGAGGAUGAUAUUGUGUUGCAGACAUGCUACCAGGAGUAUGAAAUGUAAAUUUGGUUGGUGCUAGAUUUCAAUGAAUUGUUUACCACUUUUGCCCA